CCAUUAGUAGCAGUAGGGUCGAACUAGCUGAGCUCCGAGUCCACCGACUCACCCGGGCCACAACGGCACACCUGCGGCGGCUGGAGGCGUGUGUCCUCCCUCCCCCUCCCGCCUCUCCCCAGGGUGGCGCUCGCUGGUGACGUCGGGGGUAUGAUGGCUGCGGCGAGGCCGGGAAGGUGAAGUCAGAAUUGGUGGAGUCAACACAAUUAGUAGCCAACUUCAAGCUGAGACAGGACAGAGGAGAACUCAAAUUCUUUUCGUCUUUUUGACUCCGGCCAUAUCCAUGAUGCCAACCCUGUGAAGGUUUCUCACCAUCCAAAAACUUCUCUGUUCCAGUUGUGCCAGCAGACGAUCCGUGGAUCCAUUUUAUUUUCCCUGCUAGGAGUUGCUGUGCGUAAAACUGGCGCAAUGUCCCUGCUCUUCCCUCGAUGCAACUCCAUCGUCACAGUCAAGAAGGAUAAGAGACACAUGGCUGAGGUGAAUGCGUCCCCGCUCAAGCACUUUGUCACUGCCAAGAAGAAGAUCAAUGGCAUUUUUGAGCAGCUGGGAGCCUACAUCCAGGAGAGCGCCACCUUCCUCGAAGACACCUACAGGAAUGCGGAAUUGGAUCCCGUUACGACAGAAGAACAGGUCCUGGAUGUCAAAGGUUACCUGUCCAAAGUCAGGGGCAUCAGCGAGGUGCUGGCCCGGCGGCACAUGAAAGUGGCUUUUUUUGGCCGGACGAGCAAUGGGAAGAGCACCGUGAUCAAUGCCAUGCUCUGGGACAAAGUUCUGCCCUCUGGGAUUGGUCACACCACCAAUUGCUUCUUGCGGGUAGAGGGCACAGAUGGCCACGAGGCCUUCCUCCUCACGGAGGGCUCGGAGGAGAAGAAGAGUGUCAAGACUGUGAACCAGCUGGCGCACGCCCUCCACCAGGACGAGCAGCUGCACGCUGGCAGCCUGGUGAGUGUGAUGUGGCCCAACUCCAAGUGCCCACUGCUGAAGGAUGACCUCGUGCUGAUGGACAGCCCUGGCAUCGAUGUCACCACAGAGCUGGACAGCUGGAUUGACAAGUUUUGCCUGGACGCUGAUGUGUUUGUGCUGGUGGCCAACUCGGAGUCCACCCUGAUGCAGACGGAAAAGCAGUUCUUCCACAAGGUGAGCGAGCGCCUGUCCCGCCCAAACAUCUUCAUCCUUAACAACCGCUGGGAUGCGUCCGCCUCAGAGCCCGAGUACAUGGAGGAGGUGCGGCGGCAGCACAUGGAGCGUUGUACCAGCUUCCUGGUGGAUGAGCUGGGCGUAGUGGAUCGAGGCCAGGCUGGAGACCGCAUCUUCUUUGUGUCUGCCAAGGAGGUGCUCAAUGCCAGGAUCCAGAAGGCCCAGGGCAUGCCCGAAGGAGGGGGCGCUCUUGCAGAAGGCUUUCAAGUGAGGAUGUUCGAGUUUCAGAAUUUUGAGAGGAGGUUUGAAGAGUGCAUCUCCCAGUCUGCAGUGAAGACCAAGUUUGAGCAGCACACGGUUCGGGCCAAGCAGAUUGCAGAGGCAGUCCGCCUCAUCAUGGACUCUCUGCACAUCGCGGCGCAGGAGCAGCGGGUUUACUGCCUGGAAAUGCGUGAGGAGCGGCAGGAGCGGCUGAGGUUUAUUGACAAACAGCUGGAGCUCUUGGCGCAGGACUACAAGCUGCGGAUCAAGCAGAUUACGGAGGAAGUCGAGCGGCAGGUGUCCACGGCGAUGGCCGAGGAGAUCAGGCGCCUCUCUGUGCUCGUGGACGAGUACCAGAUGGAUUUCCACCCUUCUCCAGUAGUCCUCAAGGUUUAUAAGAAUGAACUGCACCGCCAUAUAGAGGAAGGACUGGGCCGAAAUAUGUCCGACCGCUGCUCCACGGCCAUCACCAGCUCCCUGCAGACCAUGCAGCAGGAGAUGAUAGAUGGUUUGAAACCCCUCCUUCCUGUGUCUGUGCGGAGUCAGAUAGACAUGCUGGUCCCCCGGCAAUGCUUCUCCCUCAGCUAUGACCUGAACUGUGACAAGCUGUGUGCUGACUUUCAGGAGGACAUCGAGUUCCAUUUUUCCCUUGGGUGGACCAUGCUGGUGAAUAGGUUCCUGGGCCCCAAGAACAGCCGCCGGGCCUUGAUGGGCUACAAUGACCAGGUGCAGCGUCCUGUCCCUCUGACGCCGGCCAACCCCAGCAUGCCCCCCCUGCCACAGGGCUCCCUCACCCAAGAAGAGCUCAUGGUUUCCAUGGUCACUGGCCUGGCCUCCCUGACGUCCAGGACCUCCAUGGGCAUUCUCGUGGUUGGAGGAGUGGUGUGGAAGGCCGUGGGCUGGCGGCUCAUCGCCCUCUCCUUUGGGCUCUAUGGCCUCCUCUAUGUCUACGAGCGUCUGACCUGGACCACCAAGGCCAAGGAGAGGGCCUUCAAGCGCCAGUUUGUGGAGUACGCCAGUGAGAAGCUUCAGCUCAUCAUCAGCUACACCGGCUCCAACUGCAGCCACCAAGUCCAGCAGGAACUGUCUGGGACCUUUGCUCAUCUGUGCCAGCAAGUCGAUGUCACCCGGGAGAACCUGGAGCAGGAAAUUGCCGCCAUGAACAAGAAAAUUGAGGUUCUUGACUCGCUUCAGAGCAAAGCAAAGCUGCUCAGGAAUAAAGCGGGCUGGUUGGACAGCGAACUCAACAUGUUCACGCACCAGUACCUGCAGCCCAGCAGAUAGUGGGCGGCCAGGAGCGGAGCCUGCGGGGAGAGGGGCGCGGCCGCCGGUGCGCGGGGCCUCCCACCAGCGCCCCGUGCAGUUCCUGUCAGUUGCCGCCACUGUGAGAAUUGAAAGCACCCACUGUCUCAUACUGUUUUGAGCCCUUAAACGCUAGUUAUUUUCCCCUCCUUUCCCUGAUGUUGAAGGAGGAUCUUCUGGCUCAUACCCCUAAAGGAGACUUUUUUUAAACAAUGACUAUGGACAGCAUGGUACCAGGGAGUUAAGUCGAGUCUUUUCUCUACCUUGUCAGGCUCGCUUGAUUGAGAAUCAUCUGGUUGCUUGAUAAGGUCGUGGGAUCUGCCAGCAUUGCCGAAUGCCUGACUGGAGCCUUUAAGGGUAUCGGGCAGACCCCUCCUCCUCUGGCCAACACUAACGCCCACCCAUGCACACCUGCCCUCCUUGCCCCCAGCAUGCCCUCGAGAAAGGCCUCCUUAGGGCGUGGUUGGAUUUUCUUCUGGAUUGCACCAGAGGUAGUCCCAGAAAGGCUGAGUCCAUCCCAGAAGGACUUGUGGCUUGUGUAUCAGUUUUCUUCAGCUUUCCUGCUUCAUCCUGUUUACAGAGCCUUCCCGACAUGUCUUUGUGGUAGGGCUCAGGAUGCCUCGGGUUCUCGGCUGAGGCAGGUCCUAUGCCACAAAGGGUAGGAGAGAUGGUACAGAGGUAACUGCAGUAGUGAGAAUAGCUUAGGGGAGAUGGUGUGUGGAGGGGUGGGUGGCCCUUACUGUGACAAAGAGGGACUUGUCUCCCUUCUCUUCAUUGUGUCCCUUGUUCUCGUUUUGGUCCUUGGCCUAUGUAGUCUGGUUUUAUUAUUAGUGAAAGAUGGUUUGGUCCAGACUGAUAAAGGACGUGGUAGAAGGAAAGAUGGUGGCAGGAUGAGGGGAGGGGGCCGAGAUGGCUGGAGAAUGUGGAGUCAACACAGAACAGGGUCCUCCGUUUGACCUCGCUCUGUGAGGGGAUCGUGGUGGCUGAGAGCUGUCAUCCCACUAGCUCGAUUGCAUCCCUGUUAUAUCCCUUAAGAGACGUGCCCCCACUCCUCACCCCCGCCUUGGCCCCAGCUGCCCUUGGCCACCAGUCCCCUGGAUUAAGGCUCCUGUGCCAGUGAUGCUGCAGUUGGCAGGGAGACAGUGUGGGCAGCCCCGUAUCUGUCCUCUCACCCACCCCGGUCCCCAGAGCCUCGAGCUGACACUCAUUUGGCCUUAUGUUGACUUUGAGAAGUGUUUCCCGUUGUUGAGUUUGGGGGUUGUUACUGGUUGAAGUGGGGGCAAGUUUCUGUCUCCUAGGCGUUGACUGUCUGGGACAAGCAGCCUUUGGGCAACAGAUUUUGCAGAGCAGGUCAGAGAACUUCCUAGAAACAAGCAGCACCUCUCUCCCAGAAAGAGGUGGGGCUCAGACCGAGAGGCGGGGCUUGUCCUACUCUUGAAUCCACCGCCCUUCGGCUUCGGGGAAAUGAGUUGGUGGCCUCUACUCACUGGUGGGUGGCCACGCAGGUGGCGUCCUCUCCAGGCGUCUGCUUGUCCUUCACACCAUCUGCCCCGUUGUGUGAAACAAAGUGAUGGACUUUGCCAAGGUCGCUGUGUGGUGGGAGGAUGUUCUGAGCGUUUGCCAGGCCUGGAUGGUAGUCAUCUCACACAGCGUGUCAGGAGAAAUAAGCAUUACAUAAUUCCAAUGAAUUUUGUUCUUUUUGGGGGAAAAAUUAUUUAGAAUAUAAACAUAUGAAUUUUUUAAAUGUAGCCCCUGGGCAAUGAAUGGAGUUUUGUGCUCCUUUACAAUAAGUAAGGGUAAAUUUAUAACUCUGAGGGAGAGACCAUUUCUGAAAGAAGUUAGGCAAAAAGCACUUUAAUUUAAUGCUGCUAAUUUUGUUCUCUGUUUUUAUGUUCAUCUGCUGGAGUGCAAGACGUGCUUGACACAGUUUUUUCUCCGAUGUAUUUAAGGUGAUAUAUUUGCCUGAAUUACUCCUGUAUCAUUGCUGAUAAUAUUGGAAACUAAAAUAAAACCUAAUUGGAAAGCC